AUGCCAUUCGGUUUGGCGAACGCUCCGGCCGUGUUUCAACGCAUGAUGAAUCGAGUUGUUAGUCCAACACGAGCAGAAGGAGCAACAGCGUAUAUAGAUGACGUGUUGAUAUAUGGUAGGGAUGUUGAAGAAUGUCUAAUGAGAUUAGAAAAUGUGCUACAAUUAUUAGAAGGGGCAAACUUGACCCUUAAUCUGGCAAAAUGUGAAUUUUUAAUGGACAAAAUAGAUUACUUGGGCUAUGAAAUAAGCGCUGCUGGAGUACGGCCGGGUAAUAAAAAGAUUCGGUGCGUGCUUGAUUUUCCCUGCCCCAUUGAUCAACAUACUGUGCGGCAGUUUCUUGGUCUUGUGGGUUACUUCCGUAAAUUUAUUAGGAACUUCGCUAUUCUAGCCAAUCCAUUAACAAAAUUAUUGACUAAAAACGCACGAUGGACUUGGACCUAUGAGCAAGAGGAAGCUUUUAAAAGUUUAAAAGACAAACUAACGGAUAGACCUAUCCUAGCUAUCUAUGACCCGACAUCAGAAACGGAGUUACAUACUGACGCUUGUAAGUUAGCUGUUGGAGGUGUGUUAUUUCAAAGCUCAUGCAGUAGUCAUACUCUUAGGCUAGUGGCUUAUUAUAGCCGGAAGACUUCGCCUGAAGAAAAACAUUUCCAUGCUUACGAGUUAGAAGCGCUGGCUGUUGUCUGCUCAUUAAAGAAGUUUAGGGUAUACCUAUUAGGCCUAAAAUUCAAAAUAAUAUCAGAUUGCAAUGCUCUUCGCUCUACAUUUUCAAAGCGAGAUAUUCUUCCUAGGGUUGCACGAUGGUGGCUUCUUAUACAAGAGUUUCAGUGCACAGUCGAAUAUCGCCCUGGUACAAGAAUGACUCAUGUAGACGCCCUGUCACGCAACCCUAUAUCAGACAACGAAAAUUCAGAAGUUUUGGUGCAUUACCCAUCGGUCAUGACUAUAAGCAACGAAGAUUGGUUACACACGUUACAAUUAGGCGACACAGAGUUAUGCAGGAUUCGGAAUGUUCUUUCUUCAGAUGUAGAUGUGGAAGUGCUUAAAUAUAUUAAAGACAAUUAUUUAAUAAAAGACAACAAAUUAUACCGAUAUCUAGAUGGGGACGUUAAAAAUAUUCGUUGGGUAGUUCCAAAGGGUGCAAGGUGGCAACUUUGUCGCAUGAAUCAUGACGACAUAGGGCACUUUGGUGUUGAAAAGACAUUGGAACGUAUAAAGAAAUCAUAUUGGUUUUCGAAAAUGUCAAGAUUCGUUAAGAAGUAUGUAAAUGCAUGUAUAGAAUGUGCCUAUGCUAAGAAAAAUAAUUCUACAAAAGAAGGCUACUUAUAUCCGAUUGAAAAGGUCGAAGUUCCAUUUCACACGCUGCAUAUAGACCACCUGGGACCCUUUGUUAAGUCAAAACGCGGUAAUACUCAUCUUUUGGUUAUUGUCGAUGGCUUCACUAAAUUUCUAUUUGCUAGGCCGGUACGUAACACAAAAACUCAAAACGCAAUUAGGGCUCUUGAGGAUAUUUUUUAUACUUUCCGCAUUCCCGAUCGCAUUAUAAGUGACAGAGGAACAUGUUUCACAUCACACACUUUCAAACGGUUUUGUCUAGAUAAAGGCAUAAGACACGUUCUAAAUGCUGUAGCUUGUCCCAGAUUGAACGGUCAGGUUGAAAGAUACAACCGUACUAUCCUUAACUCAUUAACAGCACAGAAUUUAAAUUGUGAAGAAAAAGAGUGGGAUAAUACGAUUGGAAGAGUACAGUGGGGAUUAAACAAUACGUAUCAGAAAACCACUGGCAGAACACCGGCCGAAAUUAUGUUUGGUAUAGGUAUAAAUUCGGAGGCAAAUCCAAAGUUUAAUAUAGUUUGUCAAGAAACUCGAGAAAUAAACGAUCUAGCCACCAUUCGUAAAAACGUUAAGGACUCUAUUGAUACUCAACAAGAGAAACAAAAGCUGAGAUUCAAUAGAGGACGACGUCCCGCCAAGGUUUAUGCCGAAGGUGAGUUAGUUAAAAUAACGAAAAUAGCUUUUACAAAUGAAGGGAAAAGUAGGAAACUUCUUCCUUCAUACAUAGGGCCAUAUCGAGUAAUAUCAGUAUUGGGAAAUGAUAGAUAUAGGGUUGCGGCUAUUCCGGGACUAACGGGUACCAAGAACAAACGACAAACAACUGUAGCCGCCGACCGAAUGUCGCCUUGGGUCAAUGUUGCUGCUUUAGAGGUUAAUGAAUCCGAUACGUCUAAUGAUGAUAGUAAUGAGGAUAGUAGUAGUGAUAAGUAA